AACUUGAGUUCAUCCCUUUUCGUUUAAUUGGAAGAACGAUAGAUAGAUAAACCUAUCUGUAAUGUGAUUGGUGAACGCAAUUUGAGCCCCAGAUUAGAUUCCAGUUCACCCCCAAAAAGACAUAACUCUCAUGAUUUCGUACCAUUCCACGUGGCAGUGAAAGAAUACCCAGACCCAGAACUCUUCUGCCAUGGCCAUCAACGCAAGCUCCUCUUCUGCUUAUCUUCUCCAAAAUCUCGAUCAUCACGCCAAGAAAAACUUAUUCCCGUCCUCUAAACCUCGUCAUGGUUAUGGCUAUGGGAGCUAUUCGCCAAGAACAUCUACAAUCGUGGCUAUGGCACCCAAACAGAAGGUGAACAAGUACGACAAUGGCUGGAAGAAGCAGUGGUUUGGAGCGGGAAUCUUCUACGAAGGAUCGGAGCAGGUGGACGUAGAUGUGUUCAAGAAGCUGGAGAAGAGGAAGGUUCUGAGCAACGUGGAGAAGGCUGGGCUGCUUUCGAAGGCGGAAGAUCUUGGUUUGACGCUGUCUUCCAUUGAGAAAUUGGGGGUUUUCUCCAAGGCGGAGGAGCUAGGACUGCUCAGCUUGUUGGAAAAGGUGGCGAGCUCGUCGCCUUCGGCUUUGGCAUCGGCGGCGCUGCCGAUUCUGGUGGCAGCGAUAGUGACGAUCGUUUUGAUUCCCGAUGACUCCGCCGGAUUAAUAGCGCUCCAGGCAGUGCUCGCCGGUUCGCUUGGGGUUGGUGCCGCUGGCUUGUUCGUCGGUUCAGUUGUCUUGGGUGGCUUGCAGGAAGCCGAUUGAUUUUAUUUUUGUAAAAAAAAAAAAAAAAAUUAGAGAGGGGACCAUAAUUUGUGUAUGAAAUUUGCUAUAUUAGAUUUUGCAUGGAAAAUUAAAUUAUUAUAACUUAACAAUGCAAA